AUGAAAAAGCAGAGUAUGAAGCAGAAGAGUAUGAAACAGCAGAGUGUGAGUGUGAAAGAGUGUGAAACAGAAGAUUAUCAGAUAAAAGAGUGUAAAACAGAAAAGUGUGAAACAGCAGAGUCGUGUGAACCAGAGGAGUAUGAAACAGAAAAGUAUGAAAUACCGGAGUGGGAAACAGAAAAGUGUGUAACAGAAGGGUAUACACUCGAAAAGUAUGAAACAGCAGAGUGUGAACCAGAGGAGUAUGAAACAGAAGAGUAUGAAACAGAAGAUUAUGAAACAACAAAGUAUCAAAAAGCAGAGUGUGAAACAGAAAUGUGUGAGACAGCAAAGUGUGAACUAGAAGAGUCUGAAACAGCCAAGUGUGAACCAGAAGAGUCUGAAACAGCAGAGUAUGAAUCAGAAGAGUAUGAAACAGCCAAGUGUGAACCAGAAGAGCAUGAAACAACAAGGUAUCAAAAAGCAGAGUGUGAAACAGAAAUAUGUGAAACAGCAGAGUGUGAACUAGAAGAGUCUGAAACAUCCAAGAGUGAACCAGAAAUGUCUGAAACAGCAGAGUAUGAAUCAGAAGAGUAUGAAACAGCAAAGUAUCAAACAGUAGACUGUGAACCAGAACAGGGUGAAACAGCAGAAUUCGAAACAGAAGAGUGUGAAACAGCAGACUGUGAACCAGAGGAGUGUGAAACAGAAGGGUGCGAACCAGAAUUAAGGUAA